UGGAGCUGCUGCGGGCGCUGCUGUCCCGGACCCUGGGGCUCGGCGGGGACCGAGCGGAGCCGGUGCUGGACGAGCUGAGCCUGGCGGGCGUUGGCCGCUUCAUCAAGAGUGACCGGUGUAAGAACAUUGUGUGCAUGGUGGGCGCUGGCAUCUCCACCUCUGCCGGGAUCCCCGAUUUCCGCUCCCCCGGCACCGGGCUCUACUCCAACCUGCAGAGCUACAACCUCCCCUACCCUGAGGCCAUCUUCGAGAUCGGGUUCUUCAAGAAACACCCAGAGCCCUUUUUCGCCCUCGCCCGCGAGCUCUACCCGGGGCAGUUCAAGCCCACGGUGUGCCACUACUUCAUGCGGCUGCUGCAGGACAAGGGGCUCUUGCUGCGCUGCUACACCCAGAACAUCGACACCCUGGAGAGGGUGGCGGGGCUGGACCCAGAGCUGCUGGUGGAGGCUCACGGCACCUUCUUCACCUCGCACUGCCUGCGAGCCUCGUGCCGCCAGAGCUACAGCCUGGCCUGGAUGAGGGAGCGGAUUUUCUCCUCCCUCGUCCCUAAAUGUGAGAAGUGCCAGGGGCUGGUGAAACCUGACAUUGUGUUUUUUGGGGAGAACCUGCCCUCGCGCUUCUUCGCCCUCCUGGAGUCGGACUUUGGGAAGGUCACCCUGCUGAUCAUCAUGGGGACCUCACUGCAGGUGCAGCCCUUUGCCUCCCUCAUCAGCAGGGUCCCCACCAACACCCCCAGACUCCUCAUCAACAAGGAGAAGACAGGGCAGAGUGACCCCCUGAUGUCCCUGAUGGGCUUUGGUGGCAUGGACUUUGACUCAGACAAGGCCUACAGGGACGUGGCCUGGCUGGGGGACUGCGACAGCGGGUGCCUGGCUCUGGCUGAGCUCCUGGGCUGGAAGGAGGAGCUGGAGGAGCUGGUGCAGAGGGAACACGCGGCCAUCGACGCCAAGGGCGGGGACAGGGAUGGGGGGAUCCCCCAAAAGCCCCAGGGGGACGAGGACAAGGACGGGGGGAGCCCCAAAAAGAGCCUGGGGGACGAGGGAAAAGCUCAGAGUGAGCCCAAGAAGGGCCUGGGGAGCAAGGCCAAGGCUGAAAAGGACCCCAAAAAACCCCAGGGAGGGGACAAGGACAAGGCUGAAAAUGACCCAGAAAAGUCACGGGGGGGGCAGUGAGGACCCUCCCCAUAGCACGGGGAGACAACCCAAAAUUAAAUGGUCACAGAGGAGUUUUUGGCUUCGUGUGGUCACUGGGGGCUGGAGGGGCAGGGGUUCUUUUAUUCCUUAAAGGAAGAAAGAGGAAAACAAAGUAAAAUACAGGAAAGGGGGAAAAUAAGUUAGAAGAAGAAAGGGGGAGGUUGAGGGUACAAAAAGGUUUUUUUCCUCCCUUAAAAAGGGGUGUUGCCAUCCUAAAAAGAGGUGUUACAGAUUUAAAAUGUGUUGGAAUUCCCAGGAAGGGUGUGGGGGGAUGCGUGUGCAAAACACUGAAACCUGUGAAGUUUCUCACUUUUAUAUCUGCUGAGAAAUAACAUUCAUUUACAUUAAAAAAAAAAGUUUCAAAACAAA